GCGGCGCGCCCGUCCCCGCCGCGCCAUGCCGCUGGGGCACAUCAUGAGGCUGGACCUGGAGAGAAUCGCCCUGGAGUACGUCGUGCCCUGCUUGCACGACAUCGGCUUCUGCUACCUGGACAACUUCUUGGGGGAGGUGGUGGGGGACUGCGUGCUGGAGAGGGUGAAGCGGAUGCACCGCGACGGCGAGCUGGCCGACGGGCAGCUGGCCGGCCCCAGCCGCGGUGUCGCCAAGAGACACCUGCGCGGCGACCAGAUCAAGUGGAUCGGAGGCACGGAGGAGGGCUGCGAGGCCAUCAACUUUCUCCUCACGCUGAUAGACCGGCUGGUGAUGUACUGCGGGAGCCGGCUCGGCAAGUACUACGUGAAAGAGCGAUCCAAGGCUAUGGUUGCUUGCUAUCCUGGAAAUGGAACUGGGUAUGUUCGUCAUGUGGACAAUCCAAAUGGUGACGGGCGCUGCAUCACCUGUAUUUAUUACCUGAAUAAGAACUGGGACUCAAAGCUGCAUGGUGGAAUUCUUCGAAUAUUCCCAGAAGGAAAGUCCUAUGUAGCAGAUGUUGAGCCGAUUUUUGACCGAUUACUUUUUUUUUGGUCAGAUCGAAGGAACCCACAUGAAGUCCAGCCUUCUUAUGCAACCAGGUAUGCCAUGACUGUUUGGUAUUUUGACGCAGAAGAAAGAGCAGAAGCCAAAAAGAAGUUCAGGAACUUAACCGAUGCAAGGAAGAGAGAAGCACCUCUUGAUGAAGACUAAUCAACUGUUCACAAACUCUUUGUGAGGAAAUAAGAUCCCAAAGAUGACUUCCAUUUCCAGCAAAUAAGGGCAGAACAUUCUAUGCACAAGAUUGCACCAGUUGUAUCUAGAAUGUGCGUCUUACGCUGAUGGUACUUAAGACAGCCGUCUGUCGUGCUGCUUCUGGCAGAAGAAAGACUUGUUUGCUCCUUGCCUUUUGCUGGAAAAAAUAACCAGGGUUUAAAAAAAAAUAAGUGUGUGAUACUCAAGCCUAGUGGUAGUGGCUCAGCCAAUUGGCUUUUGAUCACUCUUGUAACUAAGAUAAUGGUCAUUGGAACUAGUGGUAAAAAAACGGAGUCUUACUUGCACUUUACGGGGAAAAAAAUUUCUAGUUUAAUGAGAAGAAGCCUUGCAAGUUUAAAAUCAGUUGGCGGACUGCUGACAGGCACAGAGAGAGAUACUGGACAUGGGAAAUAUUAAAUUGGAUAUUUGUAGAGUGUCAUUUUAUAUUCUGUCCCAAACGGACCUGUUGAUGUAUUGUUCAUCAUUUUGCUGCGCAGAACAUUGGUUCAACUCUUCAGUAACAUGACUUCCCAGAUGUUUGUUUACACAAUCAUCACGUUUUCUGGAUUUUGUUUGCUCUUCAAGAGGCACGUUCUAGCUGUGCAGCUGUACUGCCCUUUGUGUCCCAGGACUGAGGGGAAAGUAGUUAUGUAUCUGUUCACAACUUCAUAAAACCAUUUUUUUUCUGUUUGGAGCAGGAUGGGUUGUAUGUUUUCCAUUUUCACAGUUUGGUAAAGCAGCUGUUUUCUCCCAAAAGUCUGGUAAACUUGGAAUGCUUAUGGCACACAAUGCAUUGUUCCCAAUGCCAGUGAUGUGUAGAGAGGUGUUUGCUUUGCAACUUCUCCAUCUGCUGUGUUCUGUGUGACAUGGGUAGGAAUCUGAAAGGAAAAGAUAUGUCUGGCAGUCUGACAAAUAUAUGAUAAAAAAUGAGUAACUUAGACUUGAUUUUUAUGCUGCAUAUUCUUAGUGAACACAGGUGUUUAAUUUUGCAUGCAUACGUAGUUUGAAUGGAACUGCAAUUCCGUUUCAAUUGAUCUGUGACGCCAGGUUACUACUACUGCUGUGCCUAAGCUAUAAGAUCAGUUAUUCAAUGGCAGAGCACACUUUUUUUUCCUCCAUUAUUUUUUUUAAAGUUAUUAGACUCGGUGAGUAACUGGUGACCUAAACUGGUGUCUAAACUUCUACAACCAGCACUUACUAUGCAGUUCAGAAUAGCUCUUAAUGAGGCUGGGAGCUGGCAGUGAAUGUAUUUAUCACUCACACUAAUUGUUCUCAACCUACACUUACUUGCAUUCAUUUUUCUCAUGCUGUCAGUGUGUAUGUCAGGCCCUAUUAAAUGUUCCAAAUAGGUGCCCCCUUCAGUGUCCCAUAUUUUCCUAUGCCACCUGCCCAUGGUGGUGAAAGUGGUCUGUCUGAACCACUGGCCCCUGCUUCCCCGCGCUCUGCUGAUCUCUCAUGCUGUGAUGGGGCUGCACUUGAGCUAGGGAAUGGAAAGGUGGUGUGCAAUGGCAGCUGUUAAACGCUAGUGACAGGAAGGUAACAGCUGCAUAGGACAGAAAAGAAAUAACUUUUCAUGGCAUACAAAAAAUGAUAAUAGAAAAUGGAGUAUUUUUAAAACAUUUUUUUAUCUAAAAGAAAAGCUGAGCAUCCUUCAGCCUGCCCAUGAAUGCUGAAUGUAAAUACAGCAGUGCUAAGAAACCCCUUAUUCUCUCUGGCUUCUCGCAGAGCUCCAGCUGCGGUCCUAUAGGCCUGACCACUGUGCACCUUAAGAGAGGAAUAUGAGGGAACAUGUGUGACUAAUAUUCUUACAAUUCAAGACUAGAAAAAGACAAAGGACAUGAUAAAUGUCCUUUACUGUUAGGAGAAACAUUAUUCUACUACAGUUGCUUCUAAGUAACACACCAGAGACUUGAAGAAAACUUACUGAUAACUUGAAAUUCUCAUUCUGAAAUGUUCAUGUGGGAGAUGAAAGAGUUUGGGCUCUUCCUUGAGAGUGAGGUAACCCUUUGAAAUGUGAGAGGUGUUGGAAAAGAUAGGAUUACCAUUUAGAGAAGGUGAUGGAAUACAACCUGUUGUCUUACUAUGCAAAGUUGAUAAUGGCACAUAAAUUUGAAACUCCCACGUGAUUUUAAAAGGUGGAAAACCAGAUAAAACAGAGGAAAUACUGUUUUGCCUCUAGAAGCUGUAACCUUAAAAAUGAACUAGAAAGCAUUGCUAGUACACAUCUUAGUGGAGCCUGGAACAGUGGAAAAACAAUGUGAUGUAAGGGGAAAAGCUUUGUGUAAGGGCUGAAAAAGCAAGGUACUUCAGUUAUCACUGUUGCUGCCACCAGGUUUUGCAGUGGUCAGCAACAUGUGUGGUGAAUGGAGCAGUAUGGUUGCAUUUAUUGUAAAUAAAGUACAUAUUUUCAUUUUUA